AUGUUUUUAACAGAUCUACCAUGUGCGUAUCGACAAGGAGACAAGCCAGAUCGAUUAGUCUGCGUGUGUAAUGCGACAUACUGUGACACAAUCGACAGAGUUCCACCUCCAGAAGAUAGUUACAUAACAUACACUACUUCUAAGGCUGGAUCACGAUUUUUAAAAGGAAUCGGGCGCAUUGCUGAUGCGGUGGAUGGUGGAAAUUAUGGCCGAGUAAUCCAGCUCUAUCCCAAUGAAAGAUAUCAGACUAUACAUGGCUUUGGAGGGGCAGCUACUGAUGCUGCUUGUAUGAAGUGGAAAUCACUCCCCGAAGGCGCUCAGGACAGAUUUAUAGAAUCCUACUUCAGCAAACAUGGAAUAGAAUAUACAAUGAUACGUGUGCCAAUAGCGUCUUCAGAUUUUUCAACUCAUCCCUAUUAUUACAAUGAAUACCCAGAAAAUGACAAAGAACUCACUAACUUUACUUAUACUAAAGAAGACACGGAGUUCAAGCUGCCUCUAAUAAAAGGGGCAAUAGAAGUAGCUACAGAUGAGAUAUCGGUUGUAGCAGCUGUCUGGUCUCCACCAAGGUGGAUGAAAACCGUGGACCCUGGAUCAAGAGCAAGCAGACUUAAGGCAGAAUUUUAUCAAACUUACGCUAAAUACCACUGCGAAUUUGUUAAGCUGUACGAAAAAGCUGGAGUUCCCAUAUGGGGAGUGUCGACAUCAAAUGAACCAAUUGACGGUACUUUCACGCAAGUUGGGUUUGGACCACAAGAUACUAUGGGAUGGUCUGUUGACCAGAUGACAAAAUGGUUGAAAAACAACUUUGGCCCAACGAUGCGUAACUGUAAUGGAAAAAAAAUAAAUAUCCUAGCUAUGGACGACCAGCGCUAUUUGCUGCCUAUAUGGAAUCUCGUGAUGGUAGUAACUGACAAAGAAAUUUCAAACUACGUUGAUGGUUUCGCAAUACACUCUUACUUGGAUCCUUAUACGCCGGCGGGUAUUAUAGAUAUGAACAUGAAGAAUUACCCUGACAAAUUCGUUCUGGGAACUGAAUUUUGCACUAAGGGUUCCGAUAGCACAGUACCACUAGGAGAUUGGGGCGAAGGAGAGGUGUAUGCCGAAACAAUUCUUGAAAAUCUAGCCACCAACUACGUAGGUUUUAUAGACUGGAACCUGGCUUUGGAUCUUGAUGGUGGGCCGAACUGGUCGAAAAACUUUAAUGAUGCACCAAUAAUAGUAAAUUCCACAAGUGGGGAGUUUUACAAGCAGCCCAAAUUCUAUGUUUUAGGUCAUUUUUCGAAACUUAUACCUCGCUGGUCACAAAGAAUAAAAUCUGUCCGCCAGAGUCCUAUUAAUUAUACGCCUGAUGAAAAUAACAUAUAUGAUUCGACUCCUCCAAGAAAAUACAUCUACGACCAUGUAGCGUUUGUGACUAUCAGAAAUACAAUUGUUGUUGUCAUUGCAAACUAUGAUGAAGCACAGAAUGCCGCUAUUAUUUUUGGAUCGAAACAAGUGACGGUGUUUUUGGAAGCCAAUUCAAUUGUUUCAGUGGAAUUCCCUUACUCUUUUUGA